GAAGUUUUAUGGCACGUUGGCUAGUGCUAUUUCAACUCCAACACCUUCUCACUAUCUUUUACGGUCACAUCUUACAACAUGUUGAUUCCCUAUGCAUGUGUGAUUUCUUUAAUGUUUUUAAGCGUUAUUUUCAGUGCAAUCUCUUUAUUCACGUACGGUUGGGCUACCAUCUAUCCAUUCGAUUACGAUUAUUUUUACCCAGAUGAAGAAAUCCUUGUUGGAUUAGUGCCAUUUGAUUCAUUUGCUCCUGGAUGGCUGGUGGCAACAAGUAUUUUCAUGUAUCUCAACUUCGCAUGUGUUCUUCUAACUUUUUUCAUUUGCAUUAUUGGUUUAAUAAUCUUCAUGCUUCGAGGUGACUCCAAAUAUCAAAAAUAUAUGUUUGUAUUGAUCUGUGGAUCUUCACUUCUGACUGCAAUAUUUGGAGCAGUGGCAUUUGUGAUCUUCGUCGCAAGCAAUGACGGAGAACUUGAAAUGGAUCUUCAGGGAAAAGUCUCGAUUGGAUAUUCCCCUUUCCUGGAUCUAAUCGGUUUUGUGAUCGCGAUAAUUGGAACUGGUGUUUCUGCGUUUUUUACCAUUGCACUACUCAAUCCGAACAACGAGAUCUAACAAAUUUGAUCAUCCUUUUAAAAUUCAUUACGCAUUCGAUUUCCUUACGUUUUUUUUUAUCAAACACACUCCAUGUGAAAUACAAAGAUUCAAUGAUAAGAAAAACAUUUUAUUUGA